AUGACACCACUGUGGAGUCUUUUCUUCCUCAUUGUCGCAUCACAUGCGGCUGAGGUGUGCUACGAUGAGCUGGGCUGCUUUGACGACUUCCCUCCGUGGGGGGGGACCCCACAGAGACCGGCCCCCGCUCUGCCCUGGACCCCCGCAGCCAUCGGCACUCGCUUCCUCCUCUUCACUCCGAAGAACCGCUACUACCAGGAGAUCAAGCCUGAUGAAAGCAUGGAGGCGUCCAAUUACAGCGGCCGGAGAAAGACCCGGUUUGUCAUUCCUGGUUAUUUGGUUAAAGGAGAUGAGGACUGGCCACAGACCAUGUGUAAGGCGGUGGUCCAGAGGGAGAACGUGAACUGCAUCGCCGUGGAGUGGAAGAACGGGGCCCGGACUCGCUACGCCCAGGCUGCCAACAACGCCAGGGUGGUGGCGGCCCAGGUGGCCUCCAUGAUCACUUUCCUCAUGGGCCACUACAACCAGAACGCCGGCCAUUUCCACAUCAUCGGACACAGCGUGGGGGCUCAUGCUGCUGGGGAGGUGGGAACCCGCAUCCCCGGUCUGGCUCGCAUCUCAGGGCUGGACCCCGCUGAGCCCUACUUCCAGGGCACAGACGCCUCCGUGCGCCUGGACCCCGGGGACGCCGCCCUGGUGGACGUCAUCCACACCGACGGGCGCCCGUUCCAGUCCAAGCUAGGUCUGGGGGUGACGGAGCCUGUGGGUCACAUCGACUUCUAUCCCAACGGGGGAGAGCAGAUGCCGGGGUGCUCCUCCAACCACGGCCGUCCCUCGGACCUGGACGCAAUCUGGGAGGGCACCUCCAGGUUUGAUGCCUGCAACCAUGCCAGAGCCUACCAGUACUACACAGAGAGCAUUGGGAAACCCCAAGCCUUCAUGGGAUACCCCUGCUCUGACAUGGAGAGCUUUGCCGCUGGGGGGUGCUUUCCCUGUACAGGCGGGCGGUGUCCUCUGAUGGGCCACCGCGCUGACAGCUUUAGUCUGAUGGAUGGACUCUCAAAGACCAAGUUCUUCCUCAACACGGGCAAGUCGGAGCCCUUUGGCCGCUACAGCUUCAAAGCCACGGUUCUGCUGACCGGUUCCCGCUGGCCCAACCUGGGCUACAUGUUCGUGGCGUUUGCCGGUAAAAAGGACAGAACCAAAGAGUUCCAGCUUCACGUGGGUUCCUUGGUUCCUGGAAGGAAGUACGAGGUGCUGGUUGACUCUGAGCUGGACGCUGGUGAGGUGACGGAGGUCAGGUUUCGGUGGAACAACCACAUCAUCAACCCGCUGAGCCCAAAGUACGGCGCCAUGCACGUGGAUCUGCUCAGAGGAAAAGACCACCAGGUAUUCCUCUUCUGUGGAACAGAGAAGGUAGCUGAGAAUGAGAUCCAGUCUGUGCUUCCAUGCCCAGUUUAAGCAACCACAAAAAAAAUAAAAAAGCUGUGUGUUUUAAUAAAGGAAUUACGAUA